CUUUCAGCCGUGACCGGUUGUAUCGUUUGCGCCUUUCGGGAGAGGAGGCUGGUCGAAGUGCCACCGACGGCUGCUUACGAAUUAUAAACAUUUUAUGCCGAAGAAAUAAACCCUUUUCAUUUUCAUCUCAACGGGACGGCUGUUUGCUGCCCAACAAUCCGCCUUAAAGCUUCUCUGCUCGAACCCUCAACGCGGCUCAUCGGCUGAGGAGACCCGGCUGACUGCGCCGAAAUGGGGUACGGACGGUCGGACAGCUACCGCGUGGCCACCACGCAGGACAAGGAUGAGAAGGAGUCGCCCAAGAAGAAGGCCGGCAAGGACAUGGAUGACCUCAAAAAGGAAGUCCCCAUCACGGAACACAAAAUGUCUGUUGAGGAGGUUUGCCGGAAAUACAGCACUGAUAUCGUCCAGGGUUUGACCAACGCCAAGGCAGCAGAGUACCUGAUCAGGGACGGCCCCAACGCCCUGACCCCGCCCCCCACCACCCCAGAGUGGGUCAAGUUUUGUCGGCAGCUGUUCGGCGGCUUCUCCAUCCUGCUGUGGAUCGGCGCCAUCCUCUGCUUCCUGGCCUACGCCAUCCAGGCGGCCACGGAGGACGAGCCCGCUGGCGAUAACUUGUAUCUGGGCAUCGUGCUGUCAGCCGUCGUCAUCAUCACCGGUUGCUUCUCCUACUUUCAGGAGGCGAAGAGCUCCAAGAUCAUGGAGUCCUUCAAGAACAUGGUUCCUCAGCAAGCCCUGGUGAUCCGUGAGGGAGAGAAGAUGCAGAUCAAUGCGGAGCAAGUGGUGGCAGGAGACCUGGUGGAGGUGAAAGGAGGAGACAGGAUCCCUGCCGACCUCCGCAUCGUCUCCUCCCACGGCUGCAAGGUGGACAACUCAUCCCUGACCGGCGAAUCAGAGCCCCAGACCAGGUCACCUGACGGUACCCAUGACAACCCUCUGGAAACCCGCAACAUCGCCUUCUUCUCCACCAACUGUGUCGAGGGAACGGCGCGCGGCAUCGUUGUGUGCACUGGCGAUCGCACGGUGAUGGGCCGCAUCGCCACUCUGACCUCAGGCCUGGAGACCGGCAAGACUCCCAUUGCCAAGGAGAUCGAGCACUUCAUCCAGAUCAUCACAGGCGUGGCCGUCUUCCUCGGCAUGUCCUUCUUCGUGCUGUCAAUCGUCCUGGGUUACUCCUGGCUGGAAGCCGUCAUCUUCCUCAUUGGCAUCAUUGUUGCUAAUGUGCCGGAGGGUCUGCUCGCCACAGUCACCGUUUGUCUGACACUGACGGCUAAGCGAAUGGCUCGCAAGAACUGCCUGGUGAAGAACUUGGAGGCUGUGGAAACACUGGGCUCCACCUCCACCAUCUGCUCCGACAAGACGGGCACGCUGACCCAGAACCGCAUGACCGUGGCCCACAUGUGGUUCGACAACCAGAUCCACGAGGCCGACACCACCGAGGACCAGUCCGGCUGCUCCUUCGACAAAAGCUCCACCACGUGGGUGUCUUUGGCCCGCAUCGCUGCCCUGUGCAACCGCGCUGUGUUCAAGGCCGGCCAGGACGCUUUGCCCAUCCUGAAGCGCGAUGUGGCCGGCGACGCCUCCGAGUCCGCCCUGCUGAAGUGUAUCGAGCUGUCCUGUGGCUCCGUCAAAGCCAUGAGGGAGAAGAACAAGAAGGUGGCCGAGAUCCCCUUCAACUCCACCAACAAGUACCAGCUCUCCAUUCAUGAAAAUGACGAUGAAAACGACAACCGCUACCUGCUGGUGAUGAAGGGAGCUCCGGAGAGGAUCCUCGACCGCAGCUCCACCAUCAUGUUGCAGGGCAAGGAGCAGCCCAUGGACGACGAGAUGAAAGAGGCCUUCCAGAACUCCUACCAGGAACUGGGCGGACUGGGAGAGAGGGUACUGGGUUUCUGCCACGUGUUCCUGCCAGAGGACAAGUACCCCAAGGGCUUCGCCUUCGACACAGACGACGUCAACUUCGAGACGGACAACCUUUGCUUCGUAGGCCUCAUGUCCAUGAUCGACCCUCCGCGUGCUGCCGUGCCUGAUGCUGUGGGCAAAUGCCGCUCUGCAGGCAUCAAGGUAAUUAUGGUGACUGGUGACCACCCAAUCACAGCCAAGGCUAUUGCUAAGGGUGUGGGCAUCAUCUCCGAGGGUAACGAGACAGUGGAAGACAUUGCUGCACGCCUCAACAUCCCCAUCAGCCAAGUCAACCCAAGGGACGCCAAGGCCUGUGUGAUCCACGGCACCGACCUGAAAGACCUCGAUCAGGGGGCGAUGGACGAUAUUUUGAAGAACCACACUGAGAUUGUCUUUGCCCGAACCUCCCCGCAGCAGAAGCUCAUCAUCGUAGAAGGCUGCCAGCGGCAGGGCGCCAUCGUGGCCGUGACGGGCGACGGUGUGAACGACUCACCCGCCCUGAAGAAGGCUGACAUCGGCGUCGCCAUGGGAAUCUCCGGCUCCGACGUGUCCAAACAGGCUGCCGACAUGAUCCUGCUGGACGACAACUUCGCCUCCAUCGUCACAGGAGUGGAGGAAGGCCGUCUGAUCUUCGACAACCUGAAGAAGUCCAUCGCGUACACUCUGACCAGCAACAUCCCAGAGAUCACCCCCUUCCUGUUCUUCAUCCUGGUCAACAUCCCGCUGCCUCUGGGCACCAUCACCAUCCUCUGCAUUGACCUGGGAACAGACAUGGUACCAGCCAUCUCUCUCGCCUACGAAGCGGCAGAGAGCGACAUCAUGAAGCGGCAGCCCAGGAACCCACAGAGGGACAAACUGGUCAACGAGAGACUCAUCAGUAUCGCCUAUGGACAGAUCGGUAUGAUCCAAGCUCUCGGCGGGUUCUUUGCAUAUUUCGUCAUCAUGGCUGAAAACGGUUUCCUGCCGUCCGAGCUCGUCGGCAUCCGGCUCAACUGGGACGAUCGCUCCAACAACGACCUGGAGGACAGCUACGGGCAGCAAUGGACCUAUGAGCAGCGGAAGAUCGUGGAGUUUACCUGCCACACGGCGUUCUUCGUCAGCAUCGUGGUGGUGCAGUGGGCAGAUGUCAUCAUCUGCAAGACCAGGCGUAACUCUGUGUUCCAGCAGGGCAUGAAGAAUAAGAUUUUGAUCUUUGGGCUGUUUGAGGAAACGGCUCUGGCUGCUCUGCUGUCCUACUGCCCCGGCAUGGACGUGGCCCUGCGGAUGUACCCGCUCAAGCCCAGCUGGUGGUUCUGUGCGUUCCCGUACAGCUUCCUCAUCUUUGUUUACGAUGAAAUCCGGAAACUCAUCCUUCGCCGAAACCCCGGAGGCUGGGUGGAAAGAGAGACCUACUAUUAGAUUAGCAAAGCAUCAUUUCCUUCUCAAUGUGCCCCCUCUCUCCUCCUCCUUCUCUCCCCCAUCCCUCCUCACCCGUCAACAUGCUCUAUACAAGAAGAUGACGUCCCACCCAUCCUCCUCUCAACCCGCAUCGCCCACAAGAAACACAAAAACCAACAGGACUAAUGAGACAGGGGAGGGCAGGGGGGUACAACUCUUCGUCCGUGUCCUCUGUCCCCCUUUUUAUUUUUUCUAUUCAAAGUCUCUACAGCACUUGACCGCCAGUAACACCGUCGUGCUGCACCGCUGUGUGUGGACCGCCAUGGAGAAGGGAGAAGGUCCGACUGUUCCACGGCCAUCUUUGUCCCAGCAGAACCACAAAGGGGCAACUCCUGUCUCCACCCCUGUCCACACUGGUGUCUCCACUGCUGUCUCCAACUCACGUUUCUGCUUCAAGAAAAGUUCAACAAUCAUUUGCACCCUCAACUGGGUGGAGAAAAAAGUCACCCCCCCCCAUGCGUUUUUUUCUGCCUGUGUUGUUGUUGUUUUCUAAAAGACAACUGGCUGUUUAGAAAAAUAAAAAUAGUUUGUGAAAGUUCAUUUUUGGAGUUGGAUUCUGAGAGCUGCUUAUUUUCACAGUACACUGUCUCCCCCCUUUUGUACCUCACCUCUUCUUCUCUCCUCCCCCCGUCUAUAUGUGCGUUUGUCUGACUGUUUGUGAACAGCGUGCAAACCCCCCGUCCUUGUCAACUUUCACCACCCGACCUCCCCUUAUAAGCACCCACCCCCCCUCGCCCCCGUUUAAAAAGAAUAAAAAUACAAUCUGUGUCCUCAGAAAAAGAGAUUUCUCUCUGAUUUCAUUAUAUAAACCAGUGGAAAUGUUGAACAGGGCACCGUAGUCUAACUUACAAACAGCAGCCAAAAAAAGACCGAAAAUGAAGUAAAAAGGAUAUCUCUUUUUCAGCUUGGUCUACAGUUUGUUUUGUGUCGAGUUUUGUCAGAAAAAGGAAAUAAAUGCUGUGUGACUUUA